AUGCACGUCAAGGGGAGGCAUCCAAGGACCAUCAUCCAGAUUGCACGUCCUUCACAGGCAGGCUCCAGCCUCCAGAUCCUCGGGCUUCCUGCAGGGGCACUGAGCAACGGCAAUUGUUGUAAGAUCUUCAUUCAAAAUGUGGCGCUCUCCGGCAGCGAAAAAACGGUGGAUAGAGAAAGCCCUUUCCAGGAGCAGUCUGGGGAAAAGCUUGAGCAGGCGGUAACAGGUGUCUUAGGCAGGAAAGGAGGGGCUGCUGAGGAGUCGAGUUACACCACAAAGGGCAACGUGGUACAGGAACCGCGGAAGAAAGAGAUUGGCUGGUUUGGUUUCCUCAGCCCAAGCAAAACAACAGAAUCAAAUGAGGCCACAGAAGGAGGUGACAGAGCUUCUGAGGAGCUUAUUCUUGAAGAAGUUGGGGAGUCUGAGCUUGGAGGGGAGAAGGCUUCUUUAGAAGAGACUGAAGAUUUUUCAACGCAACAAGAGGGGAACUCUUAUGUUGAGACAGGCACGGAGAGUGAGGCAAAGUCAAGCGAGCGCCUAGGCAAAGAGAAUCUGCUUUUGGAAGGUGGGGAUGCAACAUUGGACACCCCAGUGGAAACCCUCGAGACUGAUGACAGCAAUCCUGACAUUGAAACGUCAGAAUCCAAAGACGAAGAGUCAGAAGCCGAAAGUGAAAAUGCUGAAGAAGAGGAAGAGGGGAAGGGCUGGCCAACUUGGAAAUGGUUUGCAAAACCCAAGAGUGUCAAUUCAACAAAGGUCAUGGCUAAGGCCCCUGUGCUCGAAGCAGUCACUGGUCGCGCCAACAGUACUGAAGCAGACAGUCUGGUGGCGGAGAUCGCCGAUAAGGAGUCUGAUGGGGGGGAGGAGGAGGAAGGUUCAGAGGGAGCGGCGGCGGAUCUUGAUGUCGAAGAUAGCCAGGAGACGGAUGAUGUGGAAGGGGAGCGCUUGGCAGAUCUGAGGGCGGUCAUCCUGGGGUCAGUGGCGCGGGCGAUCAAGGGGGGAGAUGCGGACGAAGCCGAGAAACUGCUGAAUGAUUUGUUUAGCCAGAAGAGGGAAGCAGCUAAUGCAUCAUCUGUUGCAGUGCUUCCUGUGAACAGCACUUCGUUCACAGGGGCGCAGCGUCCAUCCUCUGCGGCGGCCCUUCCGGAGAGUGGCACAGAAGAGGCGGAUGAAAGUACGGAGUCUGAAACAACGUCGCCCGACAUACGGACGAGUGUUUGGAACCGCUUGGUGGGAGGACAGGAGGAGGGCAGCGGCGGCAAAACAGAGGGUGCUCCGAGGGCUGCGAACAACCCUGAUUCGGAAGUGGUUUCGACCACGAGGUCGACUGGGUUCUGGGGUCGGUUGGUUGGGGGAGGGGACAAAGGGAACAGCAACGAGGCGCGAGAGGAGCUUCUUGCGGAGCCAGAAGGAGAGUUGAUGGGGGCAGCCGGGGGAAGUGAGAAGGAGGAGCGUGAGGAAUCGGAAGAAGGGCUCCUGAGGGAGACUGAUAGGGAACGGGUUGGAGAAGUUCAAGUAAGGGAGGGAGAGGAAGGCAAGGGGUCCAGGAAAGGGGCAGGUGGGGGGUUUCUAGACAGUGUCGGGAAUGUCGACAGAUCCAAAAGUGAAGCUUUUAGAGAAGACGGCAAGGGGAAUCUUGAUAGCGGGGAGGUCGAGCAGUUGGAAGGCAAGAGCUUCGGAGACACAGACGAGCAGAGAGAGGAACUGGAUAAGGAGCCGGCGCUCAUGAAGGUUAAGCGGGUGGGGCUGGGCAGUUUGAACCGUGCGGGGGACUCUGAGUUGCAGGCCAAAGGGGGGGAUGGCCAAACCCUUGACUGGGAGGAGGGGGAGGUGGAAGCGGUCGCGGGUGUGGAUGCACCGUCAGCGCUGAAGGUGACAACGGAAGUUGCCAGGCUGGUUCCCGAAUCAGACAUUGCUACCUUAAACGCGACCCGGAACGCAACGUCCUUCUGGAACGCUUCUGGGGCCGCGGCACACCUAGUUGCCACAGUUCAGGCGCAGACCGCCAGCUUGAUGAAAAACAUCACGCGCCUCACCCCCCAUGCGGGGUGGGGGAUCCCCGUCGAAGACCCCGCUGAAGAAGCGACGGACGGUAUCCUUCCGGUGGGCUUCAAUGCGUCGGGUGUUGACACCCAAAGCGUUUCGGGUCAAGGGCAAACCCAGGUUGACGAAGAAGGUUUGGAAACCGGGUUAGCCCGUGACCCGGAUCUGGACGAGGGCUUGGCGAGCAAGGGGGGAGACAGCUGGUCUCCGUUUGACGAGGACGACACCCCCUUUUCGGACAGCGUGUUCAAUCUGGAAGCUGUGCAGAAGCAGGCCCAGGAGCACCUCGUGCCUCACGUCCAGGCGCUCUCCCAGGCGACGUCCAAUGCGUACGGCAGCACCCACGCUCAGAUCCGGACCACAUUGGACGGCGUCGUUGGUCCGAAAGCGUCCGGAGCUACUGCCACGUUCAUCGUGAUGCUGCUCCUACUGGUGCCGGGCGUGGCCGUCGUCGUUCUCUGCCAGAAGCUCAAGACCGUCUUUAGUUUGCAGAUGGUCAUCUUCGUGUGCUGCGCCUACCUCGCGCUCCACUCCGCCGUCCUCACCCUCAUCGCCCUCGUCUACAAAGACCCCCUCGCGCUCUUCCAGCGCUACUCCCCCGGCGCUUACGUCAUGCUCCAGUUCGUCUCGCUCCUCGCUUACGUCAUAUUCUUGGCGCUCUGCACCGUGUCCUGUGCGACGGCGCUCCGUACGGGGGAACUGCUACAGCGGGUUCUGGGAGCCGGACAAUUACUGCCCGCGUUUGGGGUCGGUGUGCACUACUUCGGGGCGGUGUGGCAGCCGGCCAUGGUGGACAAACCGCCUCACGUGAGUUGGACGGGAUACGGGGUAUACACCCUUGCGUUUAUGUGCAUCUGCGGCGUCACGUGGUUCCGCAGAUCUCGGCAUGAGGUCUUGGCCUCUGGCGGCUCCGCCUACAAGCAGAUGUAACGGAUGUAACUUCUUGAAAUGUAGUGCAUGUAAUGUAACAUGCACUGUAGAUGCGAUCCACUCUUCGAAGCGUUUUUGAGUUGAUCGACAGACGCUCAUAGGUAUAAGUAUGUAUUUACGUCGACUGUGACCUUCGUGUAGGGGUUCGGACUGUGGAUAACCUGGAGCAUUGGUUGCAUAAGUUCGUCAACCAAGUCCGCAAUCGUCCUAAUACUAUUAUAGGAUUGGUACGUGCAGUCAAAAUUUGGAACUCACUGCUGGCACGAACUUGAAGGGCGUACUUUAUCCAGGCUUGCAAGAAGGCUCGGACCAACACUUGAUACUUCACCUCUUGAUUGUACGGUCCGCUUUGAGGUCACUAAGCUGAUCUGCUCGAUCUAGUCAUGCAAUCUGCA